AGCCCGGCGAUGGACAAGACUGUAGGAGUUCUAGGCGGGGGCCAGCUCGGCCGCAUGCUAGCAGCCUCGGCGUCGCUACUGAAUGUCAACGUUGUCAUACUCGACGUUGGGGACAAUGGACCCGCGAAGCAGGUAAUUACCCCGCGGAGACCGGAACUCGCCCACAUAGACGGAUCCUUCGCCGAUCCAGACAAAAUCCGGGAGUUGGCAUCGCGCGUGGACGUCCUGACGGUGGAGAUCGAGCAUGUUAAUGCAGACGUACUCGAGGAGGUCCAGAAGUCCGGGUCAGUCAUUGUUCAUCCCAGCCCCACCACUAUCCGCACCAUUCAGGAUAAGUUCCUGCAAAAGGAGCAUCUGCGCGCGAAAGGUUGCCCAGUCUCGGAGUUCCUGCGCGUUGACUCCAACGUCGAGUCUAUCCACGUAGCCGCGAAUAAGCUGGGUUUGCCCCUGAUGCUCAAAAGUAGGACGCUAGCUUAUGACGGCCGAGGUAACUUUGUGCUGCGCGAACUCUCGCAGGCACAGGCUGCCAUCGAAUUCCUUGGAGAUCGACCUUUGUAUGCCGAGAAGUGGGUACCGUUCUGUCAGGAAAUUGCUGUCAUGGUCGUCCGCAACACGGCCGGGGAAGUGCGGUCAUAUCCGGUCGUGCAAACAAUCCACAAGGAAAGUAUCAUGCAUCUGGUCUUUGCGCCAUUGCGCAAUCGGGAUCCCGCUGUUGCGUCGCGGGCACAGGCGGUGGCAGAACAGGCAAUCGCUACGUUCGAGGGUGCUGGUAUAUUCGGUGUCGAAAUGUUCCUCAUGGAUGAUGGCACUAUCUAUAUCAACGAAAUCGCUCCGAGGCCUCAUAAUUCUGGGCAUUACACUAUCGAGGCAUGCGAGACAUCCCAGUACGAGAAUCACCUGCGUGCUAUCCUUUCUCUGCCUCUGGGCUCUACUGCCCUCAAAGUCCCGUCGGCAGCUAUGCUGAAUCUGAUCGGGCUUUCAUCGAAUAUGUCCGACCUUACCCCUGUCAUCGAGGCCGCAAAUCUAGCACCGGGCGCGACGGUGCAUCUCUACGGGAAGUCUGAAUGCCGCAAAGGACGCAAGAUGGGACACAUCACGCUCGUUGCUGACUCCGACGCUGAGCUCGCGGAUCGCCUGCGACCACUGUUACAAGCCCUCUUAUCGCCGCAGGCCGAAAUCGACAAGUACACUCCUGUGCCCGUCCCCAGCCACUCACAUCCAUUCCCUCUUGUGGGAGUGAUAAUGGGAUCGGACUCUGACUUGCCCGUGAUGCUUCCCGCUGCGAGGAUCCUGGAUCAUUUCAAGAUCCCCUACGAACUUACGAUCGUCUCGGCGCACCGGACGCCCGACAGGCUCGUCGGAUACGCACGAAGCGCGGCCUCGCGCGGUCUGCGGGUCGUUAUAGCGGGAGCGGGAGGCGCUGCGCAUCUGCCCGGGAUGGUCGCUGCGAUGACGGCGUUACCCGUGAUCGGCGUCCCUGUCAAGGGUAGCUCCCUUGAUGGCGUCGACUCCCUGCAUAGUAUCGUCCAGAUGCCGAGGGGCAUCCCCGUUGCCACUGUCGCUAUUAAUAACGGCACGAAUGCCGGUUUGCUGGCGGUGCGGAUACUGAGUGCGGGUAUCCCGCAUCUUGUGAAGGCCAUGGAGGAUUACCUUGCCGGUCUCGAGCAGGAGGUUAUGGGAAAAGUCGAAAAGUUGGAGGAGGUGGGAUGGCAAAGGUACGAAGUAAAGCGGUGAGCAUAACCUUUGCAUGGGGAUUUCGGGGGCAUAUAUGGCGAUAUAUGAAUGCCGGCAGUGUUAGUAUAACAGUGAGUGUAUCAAGUAGAUCAUUAGAGAUCUUCUCCAAGCCGUGAGCAGAUCUGCGGAGAUCCUCGGUUAAAGUGUAAAUCUCAGUGACGAUGCCGGCACCGGUGGACUCGGAUUGCUUGGGCUGUGUUUCUUCAAGCCUUCGG